AUUCCUUAUUGGGGCUAGGUACAUUCCCAACGAGAGCGCUGAUUAGCAAGCCAGUUACAUAUGAAUGCCUAUGCAGUUUUCCCAUUUGAAAUACAGUGUUAUACUGCUUAAACUAAUACUAUUAGCUACUUAUACUGCGAUUCUAUUCUAAAACUAUUUCUGUGUUCAGUCAGAUUUAACCUUGGAACCACAAACUGCGACCGUUCAAUGCAUGCGUGUUUACUAGCUACGCCAUUUCCGUAACUAACAGUUAGCUAGCUAGCCUGGUUUAUAAUCAGUUAGGCUGUCUGGUCAACUAUAUUGGCAACAUACGUUAUUAAAAUAAAUAAAUAAAAAUAAAGUUACUGGCUGUAGAGAUGUCGUCAGCGUGUGGCAAUGGUGACAUUAAUGGGAAAGGUGCAGAAUGUCCUCAGCCUUUGGACAAGGAGCAUCCCAGGUUGUUGAUCCCUGAGCUCUGUAGACUUUUCUAUCAGCUGGGAUGGGUGACGGGAACAGGUGGAGGAAUAAGCCUGAGGCAUGGAGACCAUAUUUAUAUUGCGCCCUCUGGCGUCCAGAAGGAGAGGAUACAGCCAGAGGACAUGUUUGUGUGUGACGUAGAGGAGAGGGAUCUCAGCUGCCCACCACCCUGGAAGAAGCUCAAAAAGAGCCAGUGCACCCCCCUUUUCAUGAAUGCCUACACUAUGAGAGCGGCUCAGGCGGUGAUACAUACACAUUCCAAGGCUGCGGUCAUGGCAACCCUGAUGUUUCCUGGCAAGGAGUUCUGUAUCACCCACCAGGAGAUGAUAAAGGGAAUUCGCAAAGGUACCUCUGGCACAAACUACAGGUAUGAUGAUACCCUAGUGGUGCCGAUCAUUGAGAACACACCUGAAGAGAAGGACCUGAAGGAACGCAUGGCUCAGGCCAUGGAGGAGUACCCAGACUCCUGUGCAGUCCUGGUUCGUCGCCAUGGGGUCUAUGUCUGGGGGGAGUCAUGGGAAAAGGCCAAGGCCAUGUGUGAGUGCUAUGAUUACUUGUUUGAUAUUGCUGUUCAAAUGAAGCAGUGUGGCUUGGACCCCACGUCACUUCCAACAGAAGACAAAGGAAUCCUUUGAAAUGCCAUAAACGCUGGAUGUUUUUUUUCUGGGAAGACUAGGGUUAAAGAAAAUAUCACAUGUCUGUUUUGCAUGUGUACUCAGUGCUUUUAAUAUAAACAUUUUAACUAAAAGCCUUUGGAACUCACUACAGAUGCCGGAUAAUUAAGUACUGGCAAAAUUUGAGCAUGUACAAAGACAGACUUCACAAAGACCACUGAUUUACAUGCAAAAAUAAGCUCGACAACAGUGUGAGAAACCCCCUCAACUUUUAAAGGUGGAACCUAACACAAUUAGACUUAGAGGUACCCUGGUGUUUGUGUUAUUGACAUAAACACUGAUUUAAGAAACUUCUUUUUGUGAUUGAAUGUGUUAGUAUAAACCUAACAAUAUAUACACAGACCAGUUGGAGUGUAGAAUGCAAAAAAAAAAAAAAAACCCAUGAGAAUAAACCUCAAACACAAAACAAGAUGACACAAGAAACACACCACACCCCCUCCCCACCCCAACUGUUGUAGUGCACUAUUUGGCCACUAGAGUGAGUAACAUCCCAGGUAUGAAAAGCGAAUGUGUUGAACUCGUAAAAGUAUGUAAACAAAAAAAAAAAAAAAACAUUUUUUGAAAUUGCAUCUGUAAACUGGUUCUCAUUACUGUCUGUUACUAAUGUACCUCACUAGGCUUGUCAUUUCUGUGAUGCACAAACAGUUCUUGAGAAAUGUAUUUAUAAUCUGUUUGCAGAUAAUCCAUCUUGGGAGAAAAUAUAGAAUGUGCUAAAUGUAGCUAGUAUGCAGUAAGCUUGAAACUUGCUCAAAUAAGUUCAAAUAAGUUUUGGAUACUGAUAAAUUAAUUGAAAAGAGAUUCAUUUUUAGACAUAGCCACCAAAUGGUAAACAAGACACAUAUUUGAAUGACAGAUAUUUUUCAAUGUUAGAGUACUUAUGCCAAAUAAAGAUACUUUGACAGUGGUAAUAAGCUGAAGCCAUUUUCUGGAAAAAUGCCCGUUUGUCACAUGCCCUUGUAUAUAAUUGCAACAGCCAGUUAUGCAACAGAAGCAGGACAGUUUAAUGUCCAUAAUUUGUUCCCUGAUCCCAGGAGUUUAGGCUCAAGGAGUAAAACAUAGUUAAAAUUGAUUGAAAUAGUUAAACAGAAUAUUAGUUAAUAAAUUAUGAGCACACAAAUGUUUCUCAUUCUUCCAUUUCUGCAUCGGUAUAUUAACAUUUGGUAAUAGAUGUUUUGUACCAUCAUGGUAACAAUCAAUACUAAUAGAGUUUAACGAUAGAGUUUUGGCUCCACAAAAAAUAUUUUAAAAAAAUAGCAGACAACCUCUUGUAUCACCGUAAUGUAGAAAUACUGGAGUCCAAAUGAUCUAAUUCCAGCUAUCCUUCUUCAAGGCAGUGUGUCAUGAUGUCUUAUGGUUUUGCAGUGUAAUUUCAUGUAGACAACAAAUUGCAUUGAAAGUACAUAAGGGCAAACAAUGUAUUAAACUAAGAAUAUGCAUAUCUCAAAA